AUGAGCACCGAGAAGCAGCCCGCACCUGAAGUUGCCAGCGGGCGCUCAAGCAGCUCUAUUCGCGAGCGCAAGAUCAUCUCCAGCAAGGCGGCGGAUGAAACCUUUCAGCUCAUUGAACAGUAUGGGGAAAGCAUUGGAGAGCUGACGCCAGAAAAGCUCAAGGCGCUGAAAAGGAAGCUUUAUAUCUAUGUUCUGCUUCUGGUUACUUUCAUCGACUUUAUGCUUUAUGUCGAUAAAUCCACUUUAGGUCAAGCAACUCUUCUGGGUCUUUUCCAGGACACUGGGCUGGAUAAUGCUCAGUACAACAAUCUCAACUCGCUGUUCUAUACAGGCUAUAUCCUCGGCCAAGUUCCAGGUCAAUUCCUGAUCCAGCGUCUCCGCCUUCGGACUUACAUCUCUGGAACGAUCUUUGUAUGGGCUGUCAUUGUAUUCCUCCACUGUGUGGCAAAGAGCUAUGGUGCUCUUAUCCCGCUCAGGUUCUUCCUCGGAUUCGUUGAAUCGCCUAUGAUCCCUGCUCUGGAGGUCACCAUGAACAUGUUCUUCACGCCAGAGGAGGUCCACCAGGUCCAACCCCUCUUCUACAUCUCCUGCAUCGGCUCGCCCAUGUUCACGGGCCUCGUCUCGUAUGGCCUUCUUUUCAGCAAGGUCAGCGUCAGCCCGUGGAAGUUCUUCAUGAUCAUUACUGGCGGAAUAUCGCUUCUGCUGUCUGGACUCACUUGGGUAGCAUAUCCCAAUAAUCCUGCAACGGCCUGGUUUUUGAGCACAGAAGAGAAAAUUCAGACUAUCCGUCGGGUUCAAAAUUCAACGAGAAGCGCUAUUGAGCAAAAGACUUUCAAGAAGCAUCAGUUUUAUGAGGCCUUACGGGAUCCUGUAUCUUGGCUCUUUGCCAGUGCAGGCUUCACACUAAUGCUGGCGAAUAAUCUACCCUACCAGCAGAGUCUUUUGUUUCUUGAUCUGGGUGUAUCGGAUCUUGGAUCGACCUUGGUUUGGGUUGCGUCUGGUGGCUUUGCGAUCAUCUGCGGCAUCGUCGCCUUCCUGCUUAUCCGCAUUUUCCCUGGUUACAACGCCUACUGGGCAGCACUAUGGAGUCUGCCAUGCAUUGCUACCAGCAUUGGCAUGGUCACCAUCUCCUGGGGCGAGACAAUCCCCAUGUUGGCCUGCUUGCUGAUCCCUCCCAAUUGCUUUGCGCAAACAUGGAUCAUCUCGGUUGGCUGGCUGUCCUCGAGCUGUGCUGGCUACACUAAGCGACUCACUCGUAACGCUAUGUUCAUGGUCUUUUACGGGAUCUCAAACAUUAUAUCCCCGCAGCUGUGGAAGUCGGGAGGGCCGCGCUACUAUGGUGCCUGGAUUACUCAAAUUGUUGUCAGCUUCACCUUAACGCCGCUCAUUUUGAUCCUCAUCAGGUAUAUUCUCUCUAAGCGAAACAAGGAACGUAGACAGUGGAUCGCAGAGCAGGUUGCAUUGGGCAACCAUGGUGAGGGAUAUGUCGAGCAGUCUGAAGAUGGAGGCGAGACCGUCAAAGUCAAGGUUGACGUUGCUAUGCUCGACCUGACCGAUUUGGAGAACAAGUAUUUCCUGUAUCCUCUAUAG